ACGCUAGGAAGUGUAUCUUGUCUUCGACCACCACUUGGCUUUCGACCGCACGUAGUCGACGCCACCCCUCACUCUCCUCGCGUAGGCUUUUAUCUCUCACUUUUCAAACUCGAUAUGUCUGGCCGUGGCAAGGGUGGAAAGGGUCUCGGAAAGGGCGGUGCCAAGCGCCACCGCAAGAUUCUUCGUGACAACAUUCAGGGUAUUACCAAGCCCGCUAUCCGCCGUCUCGCUCGCCGUGGUGGUGUGAAGCGUAUCUCUGGUCUCAUCUACGAGGAGACCCGCGGUGUCCUCAAGAUCUUCUUGGAGAACGUCAUUCGCGACUCCGUCACGUACACCGAGCACGCUAAGCGCAAGACCGUCACUGCCCUCGACGUUGUCUACGCUCUCAAGCGUUCCGGCAAGACGCUCUACGGUUUCGGUGCCUAAGCUCAUGCAACGUUCCCCGUGUCUCUUCCUCCAUGUCCCGUAUCGUCUUGUAUUACUGUCUAUCACUCAUGCAACCUAAGUUAUAAGCUC